CCAGCCCGUCCGCAGACACAGAUGGCGGUGCGUGCGAGGGGUCUCUCUAGGGGCGGUGGCUUGAGUUGGGGGUUCAAGAGCACAUGGGAACCGUCUUCCUUUCUGCACCUCACAACCCCACAGCCAGCCCUGAGCCUGAGACCAGGCAGGAGCCCCCCCACCCAGCUCUGCUCUGGGACCCUCUGCUGGCCCUGGGGGGCCAGGCCGGGUGGGGUCUGUCUCGCCGCCGGCUUGGCUGUGCUGACUUCUCCUCUCCCCCCGCCAGCACCCAACAGCGCCGCGGGGCCAGGGCCGCCCCCGGGGGACGGGCCAGCAGGCUGCCGGCGGGAGCGCAGGCAGGAGGGGGGCCGGUCCCAGGAGCGAAGGCAGCCCUCCGCCUCCUCCGAGAAGCAGCGCUUCUACUCCUGCGACCGCUUUGGGGGCCGUGAGCCGCCACAGCCCCAGCCCUCCCUCAGCAGUCACCCCGCGUCGCCAACCGCUGGGCAGGAGCCAGGACCCCCGAGACAGGGCAGUGCUUCAGCGAACGGGAGCCCCCUGCUGCCAACAUCUGGUGCUAGCACCCCUGGCCGCGGCGGGCGGAGGCAGCUGCCCCAGACCCCGCUGACCCCCCGUCCCAGCAUCGCCUAUAAGACGGCCAACUCCUCGCCCGUCCACUUUGCUGGGGCUCAGACCAGCCUCCCUGCCUUCUCCCCCGGCCGGCUUAGCCGUGGCCUUUCAGAACACAACGCCCUGCUCCAGAGAGACCCCCUCAGCCAGCCCCUGGCCGCCAGCUCUCGGAUCGGCUCCGACCCGUACCUGGGGCGGCGUCUGGACAGCGAGGCUGCUGCCCGCACCCAACCUGAGGACACGCUCACCUUCGAGGAGGCCGUGGCCACCAACUCGGGCCGCUCGUCCCGGACUUCCUACGUGUCCUCCCUGACCUCCCAGUCGCACCCCCUCCGCCGGGUGCCCAACGGCUACCACUGCACUCUGGGGCUCAGCUCUGGCGGGGGCGGCCGGGGGCGGCGCAGCUACCACCACCCCGACCAAGACCACUGGUGCUAGCCGCACCGCGACCGGCGGGCGCGUCCCAGGUGAUGAGUUUUAUCAUCCGCGCUGGGCUCGGGGGGCGCUCGGGCGCUGAGGCAGGGGCCGCAGCCCCGGGAGGACCGCCUCGCCCCUGCGUCUCCUCCCUCGCGCUGGGUGGAGCGGUUUGUAGAGGGAUGUGGCUCCCCCUCUCCCCCUCCCGCGCUGCCUCCCUGGGUCUCACAGCUCAGAGCCUACACAGGACGCGGCUGUGUGUGCUGAGCGGCACUGGGUGGAGGACCCAGCAUCCGAGGUGUGUGCUGGGAACGUUUUGCAGGAGGUCUGAAUCUUGUGCGGAUCAUCCUUCAUGCAAACGUGUGGUGCAGAGGGGCGGGCGAGACCUCAGGACAGAGUCGGUGGUAAACCGAGCAGGUCUCAUCAGCCCCCGCACACCAACAGUCCGGUGGCGCCCUUCGUACCUAAAAUGGCAAAUAGGCACUAGAAACACACGCCGAUGCUCUGUCCUCUCCCAGACACAGUCAGCCCUGACAGGGACCAAAUCUGGACAACGUUCUUGCUGUUGGUUUUGAUUUUUAGUCACGACACCCUUCACUCGUUUGUUGACUCUAUAUACUUGAUCAGAAAAUAAAAAUAAAAAACCAGAAUAAUGGGGAAGGGAAUGUUAACAUGACUGUAAAACAUGAAACCUAUAGGAGGACCUCAGC